AUGUCAGAUUUAAGUAACAGGACAGUGGACCUACCAAAGGAACAAAGGAAUGAAGCCAACCACUCAGUGGUGUCUGAAUUUGUGUUGCUGGGCCUCUCCAAUUCCUGGGAGAUACAACUUCUUCUUUUUCUCUUUUCUUGUCUUUUCUAUGUAUUUAGCAUGAUGGGAAACUUCCUCAUAGUGAUCACUGUGAUCUUUGACCCUUAUUUACAUUCCCCCAUGUAUUUUCUAUUAGCCAAUCUCUCUAUCAUUGACCUGAUAUUUUGCUCCAUUGCAGCACCCAAGAUGAUUUGUGAUCUUUUCAGAAAACAAAAGGUCAUAUCCUUUGGGGGCUGCAUAGCUCAGAUCUUUUUCAGCCAUGCUGUUGGAGGCAGUGAGAUGGUAUUGCUUAUAGCCAUGGCUUUCGACAGAUAUGUGGCCAUAUGUAAACCUCUCCACUAUUUGACCAUCAUGAGGCCAAGCGUGUGCACUUUGAUUCUAGUGGUUGCCUGGACCAUUGGUGUUAUUCACUCAUUGGCCCAACUGGCUUUUGUGGUAAACUUGCCUUUCUGUGGCCCUAAUGUGUUGGACAGCUUUUACUGUGACAUACCACGGCUAAUCAAACUUGCUUGCACAGACACUUAUAAACUGGAACUCAUGGUCAAUGCUAAUAGUGAGUUUAUUUCCUUGGGUGCUUUCUUCAUGCUCAUUCUUUCUUAUAUUUUUAUUUUGGUGACUGUUCAGAAACAUUCAUCAGGUAGUUCAUCUAAGGCUCUUUCAACUUUGUCAACUCAUAUUGUUGUGGUGGUUUUAUUUUUUGGCCCACUUAUUUUUUUCUAUGUAUGCCCCUCCCCUUCAACACAUCUGGAUAAAUUUCUAGCCAUGUUUGAUGCAGUUUUAACUCCAUUCCUAAAUCCACUCAUCUAUACACUCAGGAACAGAGACAUGAAGACAGCGAUAAGGAGAGUGUUCAUAAAACUUACAGGUUUUGGAAAGAAAGGGCUUUACUGA